AAAAACCCACCGGGAAAGACCCUGAGGAACUAUUUAGUAUCUCCAAUAGGUCAGAAAUCGUAUCUGCCACGAAUGGCUUGGAAACAAAUCAAAGCCCACAUUAUAAUACUGUUAAUGGUGUCUGUCGCUCUCCGACAUCUUACCAGCCAGCAGUGUGGGACUGAUCUUCACUCAGUCUACCAGAUGAUGCUUCAAGGCCACACCUUUAAGACCUUGAAGACCCAACCAGGUACACUAGAAUGCAGACAGGCCUGCCUCGCUGAUAUCAGAUGCCAAAGCUAUAACGUCGUGUUCAAAGGGAUAUGUGAGUUAAAUAACAGAACUAAGGAGGCUAGACCGGACGAUUUUGUCAAAGACUUGGAGCGAUAUCACGUGAAAAGCUCAACAAGAGUCCCACUAGGUUCCGUUCCUGGGCUGCCAGCCGAUUCGUGUAAAGAAAUCAAGGCGAGUGAGGGUGGACAAGCGAUCAGCGGUAAUUAUUGGUUGGAUUCCACCAGAUCUGGAAAUUCUAUCUUAGCUCGCUGUGACAUGAAAACAGAGGUUGCAGAUUAUUGCAUCAAGCAUAAGUGUCAGAACAGUGCAGCAUGUGUAAACAGGCAUGUGAAUUACACGUGUGCGUGCACCUCAUCAGGAUGGACUUUACCCUACUGCGAAAAAGAUAUCAACGAAUGUACAGAAGGAUCUCACGAUUGCCAUCGUGACGCUACUUGUCAGAAUACUGCAGGCUCGUAUAGGUGUACAUGCAAUUCAGAAUACAUUGGUGAUGGACUGAAUUGCGAGCCUAAAGAAUGUAGCAACUACAAGGCUUUAAAUUCUCAUCAAAGGAAGAAAUCUUAUAAGUCACGUUCACCAUAUAGAUGCGACAAUAAACUGAAUACGAUGUGGUACCGUUUUACUGGAGCCGCAGGUACAAGAAUGCCCACUUCAUGUGUCACUUUCAAAAGAUGUGGCGGAAAGAGACCAGGUUGGUUGAGUGGUGGUCAUCCAAACAAAAUUGAUGGCAGAGUGUCCAGGACGGUUUAUUUCCGCUCGUCCAAUCACUGUAAAGUUAGAUCGAAGACUAUUCAAGUUAGAAACUGCGGUUCUUAUUAUGUCUACUACUUAAGCGCUGUAGACUCUGGUUCAAACUGCCAUCGUUUCUGUGGCACUGGAUAA